UUUCUGACCCCUCUAAUUCAUCAAGCCAUGCUUGCCGCCGUUCUGCUGCUCGCUCUGCCGUUCUGCACCGCAGAGUCAGCUUCCAGUUAUGCAGGAUCAACCGUCGUUGAUUCUUAUCCUCCCCCCGGUGCCACCAACACUGCUAUCGACGCUUACUUCCCGGAUGCAUCUCAAGUCGGUUACGCAGGUCCAACGCCUACUGGUGCUGAACCUGCGGCCAUUGUCACUGCUAUCCCGUUCUCCAAGGUCGAAUACGUAUUUCCCUUGUCGAGGCCCAAUUCGGCAGACGGUGCAAACAAUACUUUCAAUGUGAUGCGUCACUGGGGCAACUUGUCGCCCUUCUACUCUGUGGAGUCGUUUGGUCUUCCUGGUGCAUCCCCUGUCAUCCCGGAAGGGUGUGGUAUCAACGCAGUGCAUCUCUUGAUGCGCCAUGGCGCCCGCUAUCCAACCACUGGCUCCGGAGUUUCUCAAUUGGCCUCUGAUAUUCAUGCUGCUGCAUCGAAAGAAGGCCUCAGUGUCACUGGUGAUUUGGAAUUCUUGGCAACCUGGACAUAUAAGUUGGGCGCGGAGACCUUGACGCCUUUCGGCCGCAACUCGCUCUUCAGCAAUGGGGUUGCCUUCCGCUACAGAUAUGGCGAGUUGCUUAAUGCCUUCACGGACCUCCCAGUAUUCCGUACUACUUCUGAAGAUCGCAUGGUAGAUUCUGCCCUGAACUUUGCUGCAGGCUUCUUUGGGGUCAGAACUUACGAGACCGACUAUCAUCAGGAGAUUAUCAUCGAGGAGAACAACUUCAACAACACCCUCGCUCCUUAUGAUGUGUGCCCCAACGCCAAUACGGAGGAUGUUGGUUACCUCGGUGAUAUUCAGGCUAGUAAAUGGGCGAAUAUCUAUCUCAAAGAUGCUCGAAAGCGCUUGCAACCAAUGAUCCAAGGAUUUAAUUUGACCAUCUCACAAUUGGUUAAUAUGCAGGAAAUGUGCGCCUAUGAGACCGUGGCCCUCGGGUAUUCCAAGUUUUGCGACCUUUUCACUGAGAAAGAAUGGGAAGGAUACGAAUAUUACAAUGCUUUCUGGUACAGCGACGGACCGGGUAAUCCAGCAGCAGCAGCGCAGGGCCUUGGCUAUGUUCAAGAACUAGUCUCACGUCUCACUCAUACUCCCAUCAGUGUCUGGAACAGCAGCACCAACAGCACUCUUGACUCGAGCAACAUCACAUUCCCUCUUAAUCAACCUAUAUAUGUUGACGCUAGCCACGACGUGAUCAUUUCCACUAUCACCACUGCUCUGAACUUCACCAGUCUAGCUACAACUGGUCCUCUGCCAACCGACCAUAUACCCCCUCAUCGUUCUUACAUUGUUAGCCAGAUUGCACCUUUCGCCUGUCAGCUUGUAGCGCAGGUGCUCAGUUGCCCAGCCUCAGAGGAGCCAACUCAUAUCCGGUUCCUUCUGAACGAUGGUGUGAUGCCACUGACGGGGAUCCAUGGUUGCACGGAAGAUUCGAACGGUCUCUGCGCGCUGCCCAGCUUCAUCAGCGGGAUGCAUGAACGAAUUGGGGAGAUCAACUAUGCGCAUGAUUGCUUCGCCAAUUAUACCGUGCCCAAUCCCGACAACAUAAUCGAUGGAAGAUACCCUAGUUAAAAGGACGAUUGAGUAUCACCUUUUGGAUAAUGAACGUUGACCUCUA